AUGACGAACCCUAAUCUUCAAGGCGGUACAAUUCAUUGGAGCGAUAAUGCGGCUGUCACUGCCGCUAUUGCUGUCUAUCGAGAUCGGGCAUUGAGCAUUGUCAAGGACAAAAACCCAAUGAUCCCGCGUGAAACCAUGCACCCGUGGUACAAAGAUUUCAGUUCGGAUGGUACGAUCUGCAUCAUCGAGCUUGAGGGAGAUCACAAGCCGAUCCCUUUUGCGAACGCGACGGAACUGAUUGAUUACAUGGAGGACACCCCAAAAGAUGGAUCGGAGAGAAGGACGAAUCGAAGAGUAAUUCUUCUCCAGGAUAUGUCAGCAGAUGUCGUUGAGCAUCUGGGAGUGAUGCUCAACAUUCCGCCUCAUUUUUUUCUGGCCCAUUGCGAUGAAAUCUCAGAUCUGAGAGUCAUUGACAGCACAUAUGCGGCACAGAAUACCAACUACUGGAAGAUACCAGUACCAAGAAGAUAUGUAGUACCCGAAGGUCAUGAAAAUCCGGACGGACAGUACAACGUAACGGCUGGUUCUAUUCCGCGUGAGACUUCCAAAAUGUCCUUUAGUAGACAAAUUGAGUUGAGGAAUUACAUCUCGUAUUGGGGAAGAAAUUAUGGGCCUGAUUCAUGGACGGCGGUCAUCUUAAUGGACUCUUUCGACACUUGGCUGCGCUCUCCGCCAGCUCCUUCACAGGGAGGGGAUGAAGUGGAACCACUACUAUUGGAACCACCACAACCAGACACACUACCAAGCAAUCGGAGCAUUCUAUACGAAAUAAUGAUUGCAGGUGACAAUAAGUUUGAAACCAUUACUCAGCCAGUCCAUCGGAACAUCUUAGAGGCAGCCGUUACAGGUUACGAACAAUUCCCCCCACCGCACAACGAGGAUCCAUUCACAGGAACUAUGGUUAUUCGAAAUCUGAUCCGUUCAGCAUGGGAAGAGAAAGUCAUCUACGAUGCUCAAGAGUUCCGCAAGGAAUUAAAAGAUGACCGCCAGAACUAUCAGAAAAGGCAUGAUGAUAUCUUCGAAACGGGAAGGGCUGCCAGAGAAUCAUACUCUUCCAUGAUGACGCGCCGACAGCAGAUUCAGGAAACUAGAAGGAAAUUGGUAUCUAUCAUGUGGAAGUUCAGAUGCAUGUAUGCAGACGAACCAUCAUAUGCGAAAAGCCUAUCCACCAUGCCUGAUCAGCCACAUGUUGCCCGGCUUCAAAAAUACUUGACUGAAGAGAGAAGGGCGUGGAAGAUACUAUACGAAAUUCAACGCGACCUGGAGUCAAAUGCGGCUGAACACAUGGACAUGUGGUCCCAACGUGCGGCAUUCGGGCAGACAGAGAUUGAGAAUGAGCAGACAAAUAUUGCGAAUGAGCAUACAAAAAUUGCGAAUGAGCAGACAAAUAUUGCGAAUGAGCAAGCAGCAGCGGCAAACAAGUUGGCACGCACAUCAGGCCACUUGACCAUGUUUGCAACAAUCAUUGUCCCGUCUACUUUUGUCGCAUCAAUUUUCUCAAUGAACGGAGAUUUUGAAGCAGGCAAGAAUAAUUUCUACAUCUACUGGGCCAUCUCCGUACCAAUAACCAUUACGAUCUUUUUGAUUGUACUUCGUCACGGCAUACUAGAUGCCUUGCGCAAAGCACGCAAGGUAUUUGUUUUCAAACGGCACAUGACUAAGGAGGAGACGCCUCAAGAGUUUGAGCUCAUAUAG